GAGACGUUGCAUGGUCGCGUGCAUUGACACGAAUGCGGAAGUCGGUGAUGUCGGCGCCUAGUUCGGUUGUCGGGAGAACGCGAUAGCAAACACGUUCGCGUUCCAUAUGCACAACGAGCGCGCUCCACAACGACUAUCCGGCCCAUCUCCGAACUCAAACAGACUCAGCCGACAUGGCGGAUAUCACCGCAAAGCUGACGUCCGAACUGACAAGGAUUAUCGAAUGUCCAUACCCCCCUUCGCUAUCCCAUCUAUACGAUCUCCUGGCUGGAGCAGACGUACCGACUAUCCGAUCAUGUGUCCAAGACCGGUCACCAUGUGCCGUGAACAGGCUGGCCAGGAUCGUCUUCGAUGCAUUACCUUUGAAUGCUUACACGUUGCGUGUGCUACAUCUUUUGUGUCAUGCGCCAGAAUUUCGAGAUGAAUUACUGGUCCUGCAACAGACACUUCUUCAUACUUUGCUGAAGAAGGCAAGCUCAUCCAAGUCCGACUUUGAGCAGGUCAGUAUACAAACUUGAAGGUAUAACCCUGUCUAACCUCAUGUAGCACGCCGAGCUAUGUGUGCUUCUCCUCUCUCGUCCAUUGCCUAAGGCGAUUCCAUUAC